CGGCACUACUUCCGGGGUAAAAGAGACGCGCGUGUUGUCGGUGAAAGUGGUGAACUGCAUGCCACUGCUGCACGUUUAGAACGAUUACUAUUUUAGCCUUUCAAUCCUGUUGCCGUCAUGCCUUCUACAAAGAAUCCAAGCAAGAGAAAGUUGGUGACCCUAACCGACGACGAGAAGGCUCCAAAGAAAGUCAAAGUGCAUCAUCAGAGCCAUGGUACAGAGGCCGGUCACGUGCUCGUGCUCGGCCAGGGGGACGUGGGACAGCUGGGUCUCGGCGAAGACAUCCUAGAGAGGAAGAAGCCUGCUCCUGUGACUCUCCCAGAAGACAUUGUGCAAGUAGCAGCUGGAGGGAUGCACACCGUGUGUGUCAGCGCCUCGGGCAGUGUCUACACGUUUGGUUGUAACGACGAAGGCGCCCUGGGCCGGGAGACCACGGAGGAGGGGUCUGAGAUGAUCCCGGGGAAGGUGGCGCUGGAGGGCAAGGUGGUCCAGGUGUCUGCUGGGGACAGCCACACUGCAGCCCUGACUGACGACGGAAUAGUGCACCUCUGGGGCUGCUUCAGGGAUAAUAACGGGGUGAUCGGUCUCAUUGAGCCCAUGAAGAAGUGCUGCCUCCCCAUCAAGAUCCCAAUGCUUAAGCCAGUCAUGAAAAUCGUGUCGGGUAACGAUCACCUUGUGAUGCUCACCAUGGCCGGGGAACUCUACACGUCAGGCUGCGGGGAGCAGGGCCAGCUGGGGAGGGUUCCGGAGCUGUUCGCCGACAGAGGAGGCAGGAAGGGACUCACCCGCCUUCUCAUACCCCAGAUAGUAAAGGUCAAAGGCAAAGCCCAGUUCACGGAUGUGUUCUGCGGAGCCUACUUCACCUUUGCUGUGUCAAAAGAAGGCAACGUCUACGGGUUCGGCCUUUCCAACUAUCACCAGCUGGGCACUAAAAGUAUCAAGACAAGUUUUUCUCCCGUCAAACUUGCCUGCUUUAAGAACUCGGUCACUUCUUGGGUGGAUUUCUCCGGAGGCCAGCACCACACACUCUGCAUGGAUGGUGAAGGGUGUGUGUACAGUCUGGGCCGGGCAGAGUAUGGCCGCCUGGGGCUGGGCCAGGGGGCGGAGGAGAAGAGCGAGCCCACUCCGGUGCCGGGGCUCGGCCCGUCCACCAGGGUGGCGUGCGGGGCGUCCGUCAGCUAUGCCAUCACUAAAGAGGGGGUGGUCUACGGCUGGGGCAUGGGCACCAACCUCCAGCUGGGCACCGGGGAGGAGGACGACGAGUGGAGCCCGCUGAAGAUGCCCGGCAAGCAGCUGGAGAACCGCACGGUGCUGACGGUGUCCAGCGGGGGGCAGCACACGGCCCUGCUGGUCAAAGACCACGCCCAGGAGAGCUGAUGAAGCCCUCGCCGCCGGGGACACGUCGGCAGGUGAUGGGAUGUGCCGGGACUAGGGGCCGCUUUAAAGGGGGAUGGAGGAACCUGUCAUCCUGCGACGGGUCCGAGCCCGUCGCACACCAGGGGGCCGAGGAGAGGGCGGGUCCCACUGGUAGGCCCGCGCCACCGUGGCAUCGGGGGGAGGGCGGGGACAGCAUUCAUUUGAUAGAUCAUGAGGAGGGAGAGACUAUUUUUUUAAGUCGAGAUUUUUGUUUUCUUUUUUAUUGAAAAAGUUAGUGAAAAGGGUUGAGGUUUUAUGGCAUUUGGAUCUUGAGAAGAUUUGUAUUUGUAAGUAAAUUAGAGCCUGGAUUUGCGAGCCUUUUAAAGAUUUCCCCAGCUUCUAACACUUGAAGGUUUCCAUUUUCUUGAAAGCAACACAAUUCUGGAUCUCUAUGGGUUUAGUCACGUUGAUGGGAGGGUUGAGAGCCACGUUCUAUAGAAAUGUUUUUUAAGUGUGAAGUUUAGUUCCACACACGCCUGAGGCUGUAUGUGUGGGACGUUUCAAACUACUGUAUUGUAUCUCUUGCUUGCCUCUGAAAUAAAGAUGUCAUUUUAAUACCGGCAAGGCUGUCUCUUUAGAUUGAUGCUACUUGAUCUACAGCUACUUCGGCCAUGCAUGCAGACAAACCCUUAAAUAUUACAAGCAGUUGUCUCCCUUAAUUCAUAAGGGGUGCAGUUCUCCCAAGCACGGCUAGUAUAGCGGCCCUUCAUUUAUCAUAUGAUGAUUACCCUUGUCGUUUAAUUCUCCAGUUUUGGUCAUUUCAAUAUUCCUGCAUAACCAAACUCGGCUGUUUAUUCAUGUCGUGCAUCGCCCCAUGUGGGCCUUACUCGUCCAUUCUAUGUGCCAUUACGCUGACAACCAAUCUCAUGCGUAUAAAUGUAAAUUCAAAUCACUUAGGAGUGCAAAUGACUACACUAGCGGGCACUUAAGAGCGUCAUGUCUUUGUGUAUCUAAUGUGACCACAGCGGGGCGCUUGACCAACGUCUCCGUCUCUUGCCUCUCAGCCGCACAGCUUUGAGAUGCUAGAGUGUUUCAUAAUCAGGGGAUUGGCAAUCAAGAAGGACUUGUGUGUUUCCCCUCGAUUGUUGUGUUCCAGCUCUUUGUGAUCAGUCCCAUAGAAAUAUGAAGUGAGAUGUUCCUGGAAAUUCCGAAAAUAGCCAAUAACGGCAUUAGGACUAGGAGAAAUCGCUUGUUCUAAUAUGCAAAUUGUAUUCAGUUUAACUGACCGUAAAGAAUUGGAAGACAAAAUGUAAAUGUAUUACAGAUCGUAAGUAAAAAAUGU